AUGGGUUCGCUGGUAUCGCAAGGUUUUGAUCGCUUGUUCAUGCUCUGCCUGCAUGACCUCACCUCUGUGCAGUCCGGAAUGGAUGGUUGUGAACGCCUUCUGGCGGCUUGCCGCAAUGCAGGUCUGACCAUUGCGCACAGUCGGUCUCAUCGCUACGGCUCUGUGGUGCGGGAUGACCUCGUUGGCACGCCUGACGAAGGGUACGAGCUUCACCCACGGAUGAGAGCCCGUGAAGGCGAGAUCGUGGUCGACAAGUGGACGUACGGUGCCUUCGCAUCUACGUACUUGGAGCGAGAGCUCCGUGCUCGAGGUGUCAGGCGGAUUUUGCUGUGCGGUGUGCUGACCAAUGUCUGCGUCUUCGCAACAGCUUCGCAGGCUGUGGAUCGCUUCAUCCCGGUUUGCCUGGUCGAAGAUGCAUGUGCAGCUUUUCAAACAGACUGGCACCAGAAGGCGCUGACGCUCAUCAACGAGCCCCAGACGCAACCGGGGCACAAGCGAGGCUGUGGCCUUUACUUCGGGGAGGUCACACAGGUUGAAAAAGUGGAGGCUGCUCUGAAAGACAUUAAGAGAAGUUUACAGCUGUACGAAAGCGAUGCUGGUUUCUCCUCUGGUGAAAUUCUCUUGAUGGCAACGCAGAGCUUGAGGCUGAUUCAAGAGGUGCAGGAUCGUCGUGUUGGCCGGCAAGCAGAGGAGACGCGCCGCUGCAACUUACGAGUUGGCGCUGUGCCUAACGCUGCCGGAUCUGCCUACGUCGAACAGGGCAACACGAAGAUCAUCGCUUCGGUAUACGGCCCCCGCCAGGCAGAACGGGACCGACAGCAGGCGAGAGCCGAAGGCCUCCUGGCUGUGGAGGUCCUUUUCGCACCCUUCUGUACCAAGGAGUUCAACCGCGAGGAGAACGAGAAGAGAGAGAUCCUUUACAAGUCCCUGCUUCAGGGGGCUCUGGAGUCGGUGAUUUUGUUGGAGAGGUAUGCAAAGACAGCCUUCGACAUCACACUUCUCAUUUUGGAGGACGACGGUGCCGUCCUCACCUCGUGCCUGGCAGCGGCUGCGAUGGCCCUGGCAGAUGCACGAGUGGAAAUGAGGGAUCUAGUGGCAGGUGCCACGGUCCAUUUGCUUCCCGAGUCAGGCAGACUCUUGCUCGACUGCGACCGUGAAGAGGAGCGUUCUUUGCCAGAAGGGAGCUCUGUGCUCCACUUGGGGCUCUGUCCAAGACGAGGCCAUCUUUGCUUGUUGCACAGUGUCGGGCCACUGCCCCCUGGGCCUUUCGAGCAAAUGCGCGCACGCGUCACUGCAUCCUUGGCUCAAGCGUCAUGUCUGGAACCGGAACGUCUCCACGUCAUGGGCACUGCACGAGCUAAUGCUCACUGCUUAUCGAUGACUCAGCGAAAGGCAAGACGCCUGCCCUCAACCCUCGCCACACUGACAGGUGCAGGCCUCUCUUCACAAGCGGCCCAUGCAUUCGCAUCACCUGUGAGGAGUUCGGUGCAGGCAAGUAUUCACAUGGCGCCUCCAAGACAGCUCUCAUUCUGCAAGGGCCUGCCGUGCUUCCAGCAGACCAGCGCCCGCACCGCGAGCCAGCUGGCCGCUGUAGGUCCAGGUCACGUCUUCUGA